GAGACUGUGUGACCGGAAACAGUGAUCGGUUAACACCAACUACUUCCGGUUAAAUUUGUUUUGAAAAAUUUGAAAGCUGGAGCGAGAGAUUGGCAGACCCGGGUUUUAGCGUCCUGUUUUUGUGUAAAAGUGGAGUACGGUAUAUAUCCCCCAAAGAAGGCUACCCCCAGGCUCUGUGACAUCGUGUUUGUGUUUGUCCCCUUGUGACAGACAUGUCCACGCUGUUCCCCUCUCUCUUCCCCCGGAUCACGGAGUCCCUGUGGUUCAACCUUGACCGGCCCUGUGUGGACGAGACCGAGCUGCACACGCAGGAGCAGCAGCACCAAACCUGGCUGCAGAGCAUUGCUGAGAAAGACAACAACCUGAUGCCCAUCGGGAAACCUAUUUUCGAGGCCGGAUAUGAGGACGAGGAAGAGGAGGAUGAUGAGGAUGAGGAGGACAGCGAGGAAGACUCGGAAGAUGAAGAGGACAUGCAGGACAUGGAUGAGAUGAACGACUAUAAUGAGUCACCUGAUGAUGGAGAGAUCAAUGAGGUGGACAUGGAGGGACCCGACCAGGAUCAAGACCAAUGGAUGAUUUAAGACAAAUUUAGUCUCCAUCAAACUGUCUGGCACUGGAUUUCUACUCCCCACUUGAAGCAUGACUGCUGCCCAACAGAUGUGGGGGUUUUUAAGUUUGUGUAAAAAGGAAAGGAAUAUAGCUGAAUCAGAGCUUGUAACAUAAUGUCCCAGCCCAACUGUUCUCAUUUCAGGCUGCAGUUGACUUUUGGAGGCCCAGCACAUUGUUGGACAUCAUUGUGAGUUUUGUUACCUGGCACAGGCAUAGACACACACACACACACACACACACACACACACACUCACACUCACACUCACACACUAAUAAAGUGGCAGCAGUUGGCGUCAGCCCAGUGAUCUUUCAUUUAAACUUUAACCUUGUCAUAUCUUUGUCAUGUGCCACUUCUCAGAGAGCCUCCAAACAGCUGACUGGGCACAAGCAACAGUUCAGUCAGCUAAAUAAUUUGUUACCUAUGAAUGAGACUUAACAGGAGAGUACGGUUUUGUUUCAUAGUGUUGUGUAUGCUGCUAAUCUUUAGUCACAUAUAUCAUAUUUCCCAGUGAAGCUUGUAAAAUAGUUGUAUGUUCAGAUGCUGCGUUAGUUCUCAUUGACAUAAAUGUUUUAACUAUGUCAAAAGCAAAAGCAGCUGUUACUUUUGAACUGAAAUCUGAGUUCAAGGACAGAUACUCUUAUGUUUAUGGUUGCUUAGGCUUUAUUUGUAUUGAAAUGAACAGAAGCCUUAAUUUUUUCUAUUAAAAUAAAUAAUUUUGAUGAAACCAU